CGCGGAGAUCUACUGCAUCACUGCGACACUCUGGCGGCUACACUGUCUGCGAGCUCCCCCUUGUGGCUGAUUAGAGAGGAAGCCAAUCAGAGAUCAGAGGCACAGUGAACCCUGGAGUUUUCAGCCAAUCAGCGACUCGGCAGGGAGUGACCGGGCGGUAUGCUAACUUUCGCUGUUGGUUGGUGCACCGUGCAUGCUGGCGUUCUGAAGUGUUGUCUGACAGUGCCGUGAAAUCAUUUCAUGGAAAACGACGCAAGUGUGACCAAGCAGAGAACCAUGGUUCAAGCCAAAGUAUGGAUCCUCCGCAAGCACUUCGAUGGCUUCCCCAAAGACAGCGACUUCGAGCUGAAAGUGGAGCAGCUGCCUGAACCCAGAGAUGGAGAGAUUCUCUUGGAAGCUGUUUUUCUCAGUGUGGAUCCUUACAUGAGACCUUUCAGUCGCGUGCGGAUGAAGGAGGGAGACGUGAUGAUUGGAACUCAAGUGGCCAAGGUGGUGCAGAGCAAGAAUCCCUCAUUCUCAGUGGGCUCCCUCGUGGUCAGUCGAUCGGGCUGGAGGACCCACACCGUGUCCGACGGCUCUGGCGCCAAACUCCUGCUCUCCGAUUGGCCGGCUGAUGUGCCACUCUCUCUGGCGCUGGGUGCCAUCGGCAUGCCUGGGCUCACUGCCUUAUAUGGUCUGGAGGAGGUGUGUGAGCUCAAGGCUGGUGAGACGCUAUUGGUCAAUGCAGCGGCAGGUGCCGUGGGAACGGUGGCGGGCCAGAUUGCCAAGCUGAAGGGCUGCCGUGUGGUUGGCUCGGCCGGGAGUGACGCCAAGGUGGCCUACCUGCAGGAGCUGGGCUUUGACCGGGCCUUCAACUACAAGACCGUCCCCUCGCUGGAGCAGGCCCUGAAGGAGGCGUCGCCGGAGGGAUACGACUGCUUCUUUGAGAAUGUUGGUGGUGCGUUCUCCAUUGCGGCCCUUCCUCUGAUGAAGCCGAUGGGUCGCAUCGCUGUGUGUGGAGCGAUCUCUACCUACAACGACAGCUCUCCGCAGACAGGACCAUUCCCGCACCUGACGAUGAUCAUGAACCAGAUCCGUAUGGAGGGCUUCAUGGUGGGCCGCUGGGAACACAAGAACGAGGAGUCGCUGCGCCGCCUGCUGGCCUGGAAACAAGAGGGGAAGUUGAAGUGUCCGGAGCACGUGACCAGUGGCUUUGAGAACAUGCCGGCUGCCUUCAUGGGCAUGCUCCGUGGAGAGAACCUUGGCAAAGCCAUCAUCAAGGCCUGAGGUACCCCAUCCCCGUCACCCAGCACUCUACCCUAUCCUUGCCCUGCCUGGGUGACGGGCAGCGUUCACAACCAAUCAGAAGAUUUGAAACCUAGUGCAGCCAAACUUAUUUUGGGCCAUUUGGGCUAAUGAAACCUCCCACCACCCUCAGCUGAAGCAGAAGCCCCUCCCAUGCUAUGUCCCAGCCAGUCACAAUUAGUGGAAAGAAGGCCUGUAGGUGAAGGCCAGCUGCUAUCUCUGUGUGGGUGGACUAUGGUACAAUUAGAAGGAACUGGUUACUGACCUAGAAGGAACAAUUACUGAUCUAUCAUUAUUAUCUGCUACAUCAACAUAUUGUUUGGGAUGUGUGGUUCUGUUUCUGUAUGUGAGACAGAGCGAAACCUUGACAGUGUGGACUUCCAAUCACGUGCCGUGGAGGUAUUACCCUGUCAAAAUGUACACAAAGACGAUGUGUUCUUACAAAUGCACUAUGAUGGCAAAGUAAUGUACAAAUAGCCCACCAUUUGCAAAUAUCCACAUCAUGCUAAGCAAAUACUGAAUUCAGCUCUCAAACAGUGUGCUUUGCGAAAGCAAAUACAGUAAUGCUUCGUGUCAGAAGUAUUGUGAUGCUCCCAUAAAUUGCACGAUUCAUGAGUGUUAAGUCUUUUCUAUUUGGAAAGACGCUGUAUGUCUUUGACAGCUGUUUUGAGAAACACAUUACAUCUGUGUUAGAGCUGUGCGAGAUUUGUGUUUGCAUGGUGUCCAUAUUUACAAAUAUUAAAACGAGUGUAUAGUAUAAAGAGAGAUUAGUGGUAUCUUGGGCCGAAAGCCUGAGGUGCGUUUAUGUUUUGCAACUAUGCAGAGGCAAAUGUUAAUGGCCGACUUGUCUUAUUUCAAAUCCCUUAACUGUGCAAACAAAAUAAUUAGCAAUAAGGCAGCAAUCACCUCAUACCACUUGCUUCGUUGUACACUCCCCAGGUUAGUAAAACAAGUCUUCUUUAUUUACAGUGUUUUGGCAGUAUUAUGGUUCCAUAUCCAUACCCACUAACGGUAGAUUUUCAGUCGCUCACAACUUAGUGCUGCCAUCUAGUGUUGUUUAUCUGUAUGUCCUUCAGUAAUUUCCAGUUCAGUUCAAACAAGUCCAAGACAUUUCACAAGUCUUAACUCCCACUUGAAGUAGCAUUAAUAAUGUAACGUUUUUAGACAACAUUUUUAGAGUUUUUCUGAUUGACCUAAAGUACUGGAAGAGUUUAAGCAAUCAGUGAAUAAGAGGGAGUGUAUUUGGUUCCAUGUUUUUAAAAAAAAAAUAAAAAUAUUUUUCUGGCUUUUGUAAAA